CAGGUGCGUGGCGUGCGUUGGGCAGGCAGUGUCAUCGUUUCGAGUAUUUUUUACACAUUUGUUGUACAUUUUCUGCAUUUUUCGUUUAAGUGUUUGAUAAAUUUGUAGAAUAGCCCACGAUGGAGCCGUACGAUGUCAUCGUCAACCAGCCCGUUGUGAUAGACAAUGGAUCGGGAAUGAUAAAGGCCGGCUUCGCGGGGGAGCAAAUACCAAAAUGCAUCUUUCCCAAUUACAUUGGACGACCAAAACACGUAAGGGUGAUGGCCGGGGCAUUGGAGGGUGAUUUAUUUGUGGGACCCAAGGCUGAAGAGCACAGAGGCUUACUAAGCAUAAGAUACCCAAUGGAGCAUGGAAUUGUGACUGAUUGGAAUGAUAUGGAGAGGAUCUGGACGUACAUUUACAGCAAAGAUCAAUUGACAACAUUCUCGGAAGAGCAUCCAGUCCUUCUCACAGAAGCUCCUCUCAAUCCUCGGCGAAAUCGCGAGAAGGCAGCUGAGAUUUUCUUCGAGACAUUCAAUGUUCCAGCGCUGUUUGUCUCCAUGCAGGCAGUGCUUAGUUUGUAUGCAACGGGUCGUGUUACUGGAGUCGUGCUGGACGCAGGAGACGGUGUAACGCAUGCUGUACCCAUCUAUGAGGGUUUUGCAAUGCCUCAUAGCAUCAUGAGGGUGGAUAUUGCUGGAAGGGAUGUCACCCGACACUUGCGAGCAUUGAUAAGGAAGGAAGGCUUUAAUUUCCGCACAACAGCUGAAUUUGAAAUUGUAAAAGCCAUCAAGGAGAAAGCAUGCUAUUUGGCCACAAAUCCUCAAAAAGAGGAGAGUAUUGAGACGGAUAAAAUACUCUAUACCCUUCCGGAUGGAAAUACCAUCGAUAUUGGACCUGCACGAUUCCGUGCUCCUGAAGUUCUCUUUAGGCCCGACUUGCUGGGCGAGGAGUGCGAAGGCAUUCACGAAGUGCUAAUCUACUCAAUUCAGAAAUCUGAUAUGGAUUUGAGGAAGAUGCUGUACCAGAAUAUUGUCCUCUCGGGAGGAUCAACCCUCUUCCGUGGUUUUGGUGAUAGAUUACUCUCCGAAAUUAAGAAACAAUCCUCAAAAGACAUGAAAAUAAGGGUGAGUCACUAUUUAAUGAGAAAAAAACCCGUUCAAAAUUUUAUUGAAACUGCUUUUUUGUGUCAGAUUGCGGCCCCACAGGAGCGCCUCUAUGCUACAUGGAUGGGUGGCUCGAUUCUAGCGUCCCUCGACACCUUUAAGAAAAUGUGGAUCUCUAAGAGGGAAUACGACGAAGAGGGUCAGAGGGCAAUACAUCGCAAGACCUUUUAAUUUUAUCCCUCAUUUGCAAUAGUUAUAUUUAAUUCUUUUUUUUUUCGUAAAAUCUGCACAAAAACUUAUUGUUUCCUCAUCCGCUUAUCAUCGUGUGACAAUUUGUCGCUGAAGAAUCGCAUAAAAUUUUAUCUAAACUAAAAAAAUAUAUAAAAUAUAGUAUCCUGGCAGCAUUUUGAACACAAUUUGAGAAACACUUAUGUUCCGUGAACGAGAGAAUAAUAAAGUUCUUUCGGUGUUCCUUGCAGGAGGAAAAGAAAGGCCCAUUCUCAUUUUCAUAUAGGUAACAACUAUAGGAUAAAUGGAAAUUUAAUGUGCUUUUUAUAUUAAUAUUAUUUAUAAAUUGAUCCAGUAAUUUAAAAUAUAUAUAUGAGAUUCUUAAAUA